AUGUCAACAGAAACAGUCGAUGUCGUUAUCGACUCUCUCGUCAACGCCGGCGUCACGCACAUCUUCGGCGUCCCGGGUGCCAAGAUCGACUCCGUUUUCAACGCCCUCAUCGACCGUCCCGAGAUCAAGCUCGUCGUCUGCCGCCAUGAGCAGAACGCCGCUUUCAUCGCUGGCGCCAUCGGCAGGAUCACAGGCAAGCCCGGCGUCUGCAUAGCCACAUCCGGUCCGGGGACCAGUAACCUCGUCACCGGCCUCGUGACCGCCAACGAUGAGGGCGCCCGGUAG